UUUAAAGUGUAAUUUGGGUCUGAUCUUGGUGCAUUUGGAGCUUUGCGGGAGGCGUGAAUGAUACUGCUGCGUGGAUUUCCCGGAUGGAGCAGCGACGCCAUCUUUACGCCUUUGCUCACCGGUGGGUCUUCGGCUCAGCGGAGCGACAGAGCGGUUGCUGAUCCACCACCAGAUCUCUCCGAACAGCCCGAAAAUCCUCCCCUGUUUCUCCCCGGGACGCUGAAACAAGCCCACCGGCUACCCGAGCACCAUGGCGGACAGAGACAACCUAGUGUACCAGGCGAAACUCGCCGAGCAGGCGGAGAGAUACGACGAAAUGGUCGAGUCGAUGAAGAAGGUGGCCAGCAUGGAUGUGGAGCUGACCGUGGAGGAGAGGAACCUGCUCUCCGUAGCGUAUAAGAACGUGAUUGGAGCCAGGAGAGCCUCAUGGAGGAUAAUCAGCAGCCUCGAACAGAAAGAGGAAAAUAAAGGAGGCGAGGAUAAACUAAAGAUGAUCCGGGAAUACAGGAAAACGGUUGAGAAAGAACUGAAAUCAAUCUGCAACGACAUUCUGGAUGUUCUGGACAAACAUCUCAUCUUAGCUGCAACCACCGGCGAAUCAAAGGUUUUCUACUACAAAAUGAAGGGAGAUUACCACAGGUACCUGGCAGAGUUCGCCACUGGCAACGACAGGAAGGAGGCGGCAGAGAACAGUUUGGUAGCUUACAAAGCUGCGAGCGACAUCGCCAUGAUCGAACUCCCUCCAACGCACCCGAUUCGUCUGGGACUGGCCCUUAACUUUUCAGUUUUCUAUUAUGAAAUCCUCAACUCGCCGGACCGUGCGUGCAGGUUGGCGAAGGAAGCCUUUGACAACGCUAUUGCAGAACUGGACACUCUGAGCGAAGAAAGCUAUAAAGACUCAACACUUAUCAUGCAGUUGCUACGUGACAACUUGACGUUAUGGACCUCAGAUGUUCAGGGAGAUGAUUGUUAAGGACUCUUCUCUUCCUUCCCUCUUCUCCGUUAUAAAAGUGUAUUUUGUGAAGAACAGAACAAAGAAGCGCAGCAAGAUGCGGAGGAAGAAGUCCAGUGAGACUGAACAACACAAGACAAACCCUCCUCUCCUCUCUCCUGUUCUUGUCCCAGCACUAGCUCCUGUCCCAUGCCACAGUUUCCAGCAGUGUUCAGCCCACCAUCUUCUUCAAGCUUUCUCCUAACUUCUACCUGCCUUUCUUACCUCUUAUCCUUACACGCAUGCCACCUAUCUGUUCCCUGAGGGCCCGCUCGGGCCCGUGUUUCCAGUCCACCGGGGUUUUACCUUUUCUCUCUCGUUCUGCAAGCCCCAAACCCUUUAAAAUCCACAUCCUCUGUGACUGUUUUAUUUUCGCUUUACUUUGCUGCAUCAUCUGUUGCCAAGUCUGCUUGCCUGUGUUUGUAACACACAUAUGCAAGGGUUAAUUUAAAGAUGAAACUCAGUUUGUUUUCCUGUGUAUGUAUGUUUGAGAUGUACAUCGUUUCCAUGCUGUCAGUUUGACUUCAGUCAUCAGGAUUAGAGUAUACAGCUGUGGUGGAAGGUGGAAAGAGCUUUUAGUUUAAACAAAGUGCCCUCUAAACUUGUUCCUUUUACACAUCUGUAUUUGUUUUAAAGACAAACAUCAGAAUAUCCCCAUGUGAGAAUCUCUGUCCUCUUCUCUUGUCCCUCGGAGCAGUGCUGUGCUGUGAGGCUGUAGUGCUUUUUGCUAAAGUUACAUAUUUAGGUAAUGGCUUUUUAACAUAGAAAUGUGUGUGAGAGUGAGAGAGGAGCGCUCAGCACCGUUUGAUUGCAAUUUACUGCAGUUUGCAGAAGAAAUAGAGGCAUGCUGCAUCUUUCCUUCCCCCCUUUGAGUCCGUCAGGUUUCCUCACCUCAUCCUUUCCUCUCAUUUCUCCUCCUCUUGUUGGGUAUGUGUAACAUGAAUCUGAUUUGUACUACUGGAUAUUCUCACCGGAGCCACAAGUACCAUCUCUCUGAAACACAGCAUGGAAUAACAUUAAACUUUAAAAUGAAAACUUCAA